GGGCUCGUGGCGUCUCGGCUGCCGGCUCCAGUUCCGACGCGCCCUUUCAAACGGUGCAGCCCGCGGGCUCCCCGCUGCGGCUCCUCUUCCUCCUCUCGCUGGCCAAGGCGGCCAGGGCAAGCGGGGCGGCGGCGGGAACAGAUAAAAACUGUAGCCAUUUGAAGGAAAUGGACAUCAUCCAAAAACCAGAUGCAGAUUGUUACUGUUAUAUGCAAAAUGGAACAAAGCACUUAAAAUAUAUUUGGUCAGCUCUUCAGGUGAAAAUUAACAGCACAGAAAUGUUCAAGUUUGUGCCUAUCUCAGCUGAAAGCAAUUGUCAUAAUUCAGAAACUGUUUUUGCAUUUUUCAAGUGUGUUAUUCAAAUCAUUUGGCAAUCAGAGGCAUCUAAAGAAACGGUCAUAAACAUAAACCAAUAUGGAGAGAAUAUGUGUUUCAGAGUCCAACCGUACAAGAAGGUACCCUACACUGUGAGUGUACAACGAAACAUGGUGGAUAGGAAACUCGUCCUUUUGUUUAUAGCUGGUGUUUUUCUGUUCCAUUUUGCAAAUGCCUUGAGUAGGAGUACUGUGUUCUAUUACUCUGCUGGAGUGGCACUGGGUGUUCUUGCUACGCUAGUCUUUCUCCUGUUGACACUUAAAAGAUUUAUUCCAAAGCACAGCACCUUCGGGAUUUUAAUGAGUGGCUGCUGGAUGUCCUCUCUCUACUUUAUUUACUGUUUGAAAGGGGAAAUGAAGUGGCUGUGGUCUGAAUAUAGAAACUACUUACUGGGCUAUCUUCUGACUGUUGGAUUUAUCAGCUUUGUGGUUUGUUACAAGCAUGGACCACUUACCAAUGAGCGAAGCAUAACCCUCUUAACGUGGACAUUACAAUUAAUAGCCUUUGUCUUGAUUUAUUUUGGUGUCACCAUCCCACAGGUUGCAUAUGCAGUAAUAGCUAUCAUCCUCUGUUCAAGGGGCCUGUGCUAUCCCCUUGGCAUGGUCUGUUUCGUGGGCAGAAAAAUCAAGAAUUUUUUAAAAUCAAAAAAACGAGUGUUUCGGCUCCUUACUGAAGAGGAAUACAGGGAGCAGCAGGAAACAGAGACUGUGAAAGCCUUGGAGGAGCUACGCUCAUUCUGUAGGAGUCCAGAUUUCUCAUCAUGGUUAGCCGUGUCCAAACUCCAGUCCCCUAAAAAAUUUGCAAACUUUAUUUUGGGAUCUCCCCACGUGUCACCUGCAGAAGUGAAAGCAUAUGAUGAGCAAUAUGGCAUUGGAGGCUCCUUCUUGGAACAGCAGCUCUUUAGCCCAGAGCCAGAGCCGAACCGACUAGCCAAUUCCAUUCAGGAGGAGGAUGAUGAUGAUGAUGAUGAAAUGCAGGAACAAAACGAAAGUGAAAAUGUUUCACACUCCAACAAUAUUGGACUAUUCUGAACCAUUUGGAAAAUCCCCUGUAUGGGAAGAAAAUUAAAUCAAGUGGGAAAGGAAGGCUACCUUGGCUGAGUGCGUGCUGUCUCGGAGAGCCCUACUUCUGACUUGGCUGUAGAGGGCAACCAAGAUUCAUUGAAGGAUUUAUUCCUGCUUCACUGUUCAAAACAGUAGGCAGGUACCAGGCAGCAGCAGUGCAAACUUGCUCCACCACUGUGCCUCAACUCCCUUGAAGAGACUGCCUCUACAGAGGUCUGAUCUCUCUCCAUGCCGUCAGUGCUGGGAGUGCCAGAUGAAGAGGAAGUCAUUUAUGGUGCACUUUUACUAAGUGCUCUAUCUGCUAAUAAAUUCCUUUGAACUCCUUUCCUAAGGUGCCUUGCUUACCGCUCUGAUCCCUCCAUGGGAUCUCACCUUCCACAUCAGUUUUAAGUUCCUCACCCUCUCCCUGAGAGUCCUGCACAACUGUGUGCCUCUGCUUUCAUUGCUCUUCCCUUAGCCUUUCUACUCUAGCCAAGCCACUCACCUAGCCACCGCCAUCUUUGUUUCCACUCCCACCCAUCUCUGCCCUCUUCACUGUGGCCCCCUGUGCCAAGGGCCCUCCACCUGAUCCAGUUCUCCAUCUCCUCCUCCAAAUGUCUCCUCCUCUGGGAAUGUGUUUUCCCCAGUGUAUUCGUCUUCUUCUUCUUUUCAGCCUCAAUCUUCCCCCACAACUAACAAAACCCCAAACCAAAACAAAAAUACAAAACCCCACCAUUCCAGCCCCACAAGUGUGCUCAGUAAAGGCCAUGUAUCCUGGAACUGUAUUAGCUGCUCCAAGGAAUCUCUGUUGGUGCGGGUACCUGGUGUAAGGAUGGCCAGGGAGAAGCUGAAGCUAUCCAGCACAGAGUACCCGUAAGUGGCCCUAGUGUCCUGGGAAUCCACCGGGUUUGGCAGUGGGUCCUGCAGCUCAUUUCAUGACUGGGAAGAAAUCUUGCCUCCAGGACCACAAGCAGGGAGGAAGCGCUGGAUGGAUCCUCCUGGAGAUCUCCUGACAGUGUGGCCUUCUCCAGGGUUUACCUCAGGAGGUGGGGAUCUGACCCUGGCAAGAAAAUAAUUACAGUCAACUGUCAACAUCCAUAUGAGAAUAGGAGAUUCCUUCUAUGGGUAUCUAUCUUCAUCUUUCCCCUGUACAAAUGGGAUCUCCCUCUCUGUUGUCCUUCAGACUAUGUCCCUUACUCCUCACUUUUCAUACACACUCUGCUUCCCAUUAACCCCACUAAGUAUCUCCUCGUAGGAGAGCGGGGGCCAGUAAUUUCUCCCCCCCAACUGCCACUCCAAACCCUCCAGGAACUGUCCCAUUCCAACAUUCACCUCUUUCUAAAAGGUGUCGCUCUGAAGAACAGGCUGCACUGGGUUUGAAGCCAGGCUGACUCAGUGGGUGCACUCAAAAGGAAAGUUCCCCUUUGCUGGUGAACAUGCUUGGAGAUUUCUCAGUUGGUAGUCUCCAGGGGGGAAACCCAAAUAGCAUAAAACAGUGCUAAAAAGAAACAGCUUACCAUACACACAGCUGCCACCUUACAUUGAAAAGUCAUCAGAGCUUGCUUUAAAUCAGCACUUCCCAGACAGAAUUAUAGGGAGACUCCAGGAGGCUCUAGAGUGUAAAUUAAAUUUUAAAAUGAGAAUGUUUCUGUUUUUCAAUAAAGAGAAGCCUAACACCUAAUUAAAUACCAUUAGGCCAUCUUGCUCAUUCAGGAAGACAAACUCUUCCUAUAGAGAGAGAAGAUGAGCCAUGCUUAUUAAACUUAUAAACCAAACUGGGACCAGGAUUAUGUUAGCAGCAAGAGGGCUCUACUGAGCAAGUCUCUAAUUGUCACCAAUAAAAUACAGGGGGAGGAUUCUGCUAGAUUCCCAGCCACAUCUCUCCAUCUCAGUCCCAGCCUCAUAUUGGGCUUGCUUUGGUGCUUUCAGCUACUAGCAAGAUAAACCCAACACAUUAGUAGAUACAUUCACAAAACAGUGGUCAGAGCCAUGGGAGAGGUGGAUAAAGUCCAAGGUCUUUGGCUGCCUUGUAGAGGGGUGGAUCUCCCCUCUAGCACAAUGGCCUUACAUGGCUGGAGGAGGUUUAUGUUACACCUGCAUAGUUGAAGCUAAGUACUUGAAAUGUAUUGUCGUAAAUAUCUGGACCAUCAAGGAAAGGCAACAUAGUAUGACACAUUUCAGGCUCUCUGCACCAUCCGGAAGCAAGUAAAGGAUUUUCAGCCACAGUGCUCAGGUAGCUGAAGGUUCACAAUCUCGCUCUCUCUCUUUUUUUUUUUUUUAAUUAAAGGGACAUAUCUUGUCCCAACUUAAACCCAUGCAACCCUCUUGGGCUUUAUGAAACAAAGCAGCUAAUAGAUUGGUGAUGAUGCCCCACACAUGAGUAGAUUAUCCUUGUGAAGGAAUGUACUACCCCUUUAAGGGACAGCUACUCCUCAUCAAGGAGACCCUGCUCCACCCUAGGGCUGGACUAUAUAAACAGAAAAGCUGAGCAAGAGAGAGGGAAGUAGAAACUGUGCAGAUGAUAGCAGGUGUUUGUUUUCUCCUCUCAGGCAGGUCAGUGUCCUGGAACCUAACUAAAGGCUUUGUUUAUGGAUUUAAGUUUAGGAGCUGAAGCAGGUUCUGAGGUGAGGACCUUAUGGGCAGGUUUUAAUUGAAUUACUCCCGUCCUGAAGCCUUGAUAAAAGAACUUUUUUUUGUUAGUGUGUGUUAGCUCCCCUCUGGGUGUUAAAGCAAACCUAUUGACCCCCCCCCCAAUCAGGGGAAAUUAAGGGGGGCACUGCUGCAGUGCCAAACUGAGCCACAUGGUGAGGUACAGGGACUGCCUGCACCUCCACAAUGAUAUAGUCACAUAGCUCACUAUGAACAUUAAUACGUUCACUGGGGGAAAAACAUACAAUUCAAUACAGUUGAAUUUUUCCUGCACUUUACCUGUUUUCUUGAUAUUUUUCAGUAGAUCAAGUAGGGUGGCUGCUUCAAACACCUCCCCCCGCACCCCCAGGAGAGAAGAGCAACAGCAUCCUGAGAUACACAUGAAUGUUUUAAUGACUAGCUCAAAAAGAACAUUAAAACAAACCUUUAAAGCCUCCAAAUAUCGCUAAGAUCAUGAACUUGAGAAUUUAUGAAUGUUUAUCUAGGUAUUUAUAACCCCCCCCGUCCAUUAGCCAUUUGGUUUCUGAGCACUUUACAAAACACUGGAAUUUAUCCUCAUUGCACUCCUGUGAGAUAGGUCAGUACUAUCCCCAUGUUAGAGGAGCACUGUGACAGAGUUGAAAGGGACAUCUCAAGAUCACACACUCAGUCUUUGUGAGAGCUGGGAGUAGAACCCAGAUCUCCUAAGCCCCAGGCCUGUGCUUUGCUACUAGAGCAUCCUUCCUCCCUUAACAAGGCUUGUAUACUAUUUUAUCCUCUGUUUCAUUUAUUUCUUUCAACAAUUUCAGGUUUUGGAAAUAUAUGAAUUUCAUGUACAGUGCACUCGACAUACUAUGCUGUGUCAAGCUUUUAAAUAAAAAUAUUUUUCAGCUA